AUGUCUAGUGCUUCACUAUCUACAGCCAAUAUGUCUAGUGCUUCACUAUCUACAGCCAAUAUGUCUAGUGCUUCACUAUCUACAGCCAAUAUGUCUAGUGCUUCACUAUCUACAGCCAAUAUGUCUAGUGCUUCACUGUCUACAGCCAAUAUGUCUAGUGCUUCACUAUCUACAGCCAAUAUGUCUAGUGCUUCACUGUCUACAACCAAUAUGUCUAGUGCUUCACUAUCUACAGCCAAUAUGUCUAGGGCUUCACUAUCUACAACCAAUAUGUCUAGGGCUUCACUAUCUGCAGCCAAUAUGUCUAGUGCUUCACUAUCUACAGCCAAUAUGUCUAGGGCUUCACUAUCUACAGCCAAUAUGUCUA